GAAAUUAAGUGGAUUGGACGAUUUUUACACCGAAUUUGGGAAUUUUAUGGUUGGUACGAGACAGCAAGCGAAGAAAAUGGAGGAAGUAAGCAAAUUAUUGGGCGAUUUUAUGGAGAAUAUGAGAAGAGAAAAGGCAGAAGAACAAGAGAGGCUGCGAAAAGAAAAAGCAGAAGAUCAAGAAAGACUCCGUAAAGAACGAGAAGAAGAGCGAGCCCGACUAGAAAAAGAGAAAGCAGAAAAACAGGACCGCUUACUGAAAAUUCUAGAAAAUCAAGACAAAAUUUUCGAAGAUUUGAAAAUCCAACGACAACAAGAGAAACAAGAAGAACAGGACCGGCUUGAGAAAAUAUUGGGUAAUUUGGAAAUUCGUUUGGAGGAGCGACGUCAGAGAGAAAAGCAAGAAGAACAGGACCGACUUCAGAAAAUCUUAGAAAAUCAGGAAAUUCGACUUCAGAAAAGCUUCGGAGACAUGGAAAAAAAGCAAGAAGCAAUGUUGGAAAUGCGUUGCCAGGAACAGCAGAAUCACUUCCAAGAAGCCGUAGAAGAUCUG